AUCUAAUUUUCCUGAAUUAAAUGUUUUUCUUACGAAACAAAUAUCCUUACAACGUCAAAUUUUGAGAUAAGUGGAUAAUGUAAUUUUCGAGUCAAAACAUUAGAGACAACUUGUGAAAGUGUGCCACAUAUUAAGUAUUUUUCUCGAUUUAUCUCAGCUGAAUACACAAUUGGGUAAAGUCGUCCAAUCGCGAGGCCCGAGUAUGCGAAUAUACACCUGGAUUAUGUUCAUUGCUGUCUUACCAUUGGUAAUGGCGAAAAGUGACUACAAGCAGCUGACCCAAAUUGUACACAAAUUAGGCAUCGACUUGAAAAAUAAACUUGCCGUAAUCACACCAGGACCGAACUUUGAGUGUUUAAUUCAAGAUUCCGACAUGUGGGUUGAUAAAUCCAAAUUUAUCGAAUACAUUUGGGAAAAAAACGACACUAACAUAUUCGUUAUCACGGCGCCAAAACCAUGGUGGAAAACCAUCACCCUAUCCAUGUUCGGAUACUACUCGGACUCGCACAUAUGGCCCGAUGAAGAUGAAGAUGGAAAUCCAGUUGCCAGAUCAUCGUUGCCAAAUUAUAGAUAUUUCACGAGGGGAGAAGUUGUCCAUAUCGAUGGAAAAAUCGAACACGUCGACAAAUUGCCAUUGAUCCACGACUACAAAGGUAACGACGAGCAUCUUGCGAUGCAUCCAGUGAUAUAUAUGAAUGGAGCAUUUAUGGAUUACAAUAAACCCUUCGAGUCACUCCACUAUUUGGUACAGAGCACAUACAGAAAACUCCAUGAGCUGAGGGUCAGUUUACAAAUCUUGUGUGAACAUGGCUCUGGUGAAGAGCAGGGGGACGCAUGUUUUAAUUUUGAAAAAUUCGAAAAUAUAAGUGAAAGUUCAACUCUUUCCAAGACAGAUCUUCUCCAUAGCAUAAAUCAGUUAAGCCAGAUUUUUUUCGAAACUUAUAAAAAGAAGGUAGUAAUUCUGUUCGAUGAUCACGGAUUUUUCGUUACUACUGCAUUUUUCCAAGAUGAAAAAUACGAUCCGGUUUUAAUGAAAGAUUUCGAGAGAAAUUUUUUAUCUGACUUUAUGCGCAUCACAUUCGAAGACAACGAAUACUUGGCUAAAGCGAUAAUCACAUCAAGACUUCAUACGGAAGAAUCUAUAGGAUUAUCAAAAAUGAAUAAUACCGAAUUAAUUUACAUCUUUGGGACUAAUAACGCGUUCCCUUUCCACUAUGUUCUGGAACACGAAUUCGAAGAGCUGUGCGCCCUUCGAGGAAUCAACGAGACUGUAAAGAAGGAAGCCCAGAUGGAAUAUGGUGGAUAUUAUGGAUUGCAACACUCUGAUGUGCAAGUGUAUAGUCCAUAUUCUAUUUCAGGAUUCAUUAAUCGUUUGGAAAUAAAAAAUUAUUGGGGGUCAUCCAACUUGAUAAAUAAGGUACGUAAACUUUUCGAGCAGGUACAGUUUCAACGUGAAAUGGCACCUCUGUUGGAAAAUUUUAAUGAUGAUGCGGGUGUGUACGCUGAUUAUGGAACAUUGAACACGUUGAGGACAUCGGAUUACGAAAUGAUUCGUGAUUUGAUAUAUAACGACGAUAUCAACGUGUACGAUAAGGAAAAACAUGGACCUAUUGUGUUUUCUCUAUUGUUGUCUAUGGGGCUGUUGAGUAUACACCCUGUACAGGAAAUUCCAUCGAGAAUUCACGAUUUGGUCAAAAUCAAGCUGAGGAUCCCGAAUGGAGAUAUUAAAAGAUUACUUCGAUACCGCCGGUAAAGGUGUGAUUACGUGAUCCAGUAUGAAAAAAAUCGGUUUGCAGAGAAGAUGAAUGGAGGCUUUGAAUUUGAGGUAAAUUUAUUAUUUAAAUUCAAAAUUAAGUUAUGAAUUUUAUUGAUUUUUUAUUUGAUUUUUUUUAGUAAAAAUAUCUUUAUUUAUUUAGGUUCAUGUUGAAGUUUCAAUUAUUAAUUCUGUUAUUUUAUCUUCUUUGAUAGUACCUACAAUGCUAUAGAUUCAACUCUUGAUCGUUGUAAAUUUCAUUUCACUAUACUUCAAUUUUAAUUUAAAUCCAGAUUGCUUCAACGGUAUCUACGUAUUAACGAAUAUGUUUGUACUUAAUGCAAUAAUAAUUUUCUGUUCAAUCUUAUCUACUAAGUAUCUAUUUUAAUUAAUUUUUGAAAAUGUAACUCAAUAGAAUGAAAUUUUUCACUA